AUGGCUGCUAUCAUUAAUAAGGAAAAACACAACCAGCAGUCUGAAUUUACUAUUGAAAACUUGGAAAACACUGCAGUUGACUUGUUUGGAGCUGGGACAGAGACGACAAGCACAACCCUGAGAUAUGCUCUCCUUCUCCUGCUGAAGCACCCAGAGGUCACAGCUAAAGUCCAGGAAGAGAUUGAACAUGUGAUUGGCAGGAAUCGGAGCCCCUGCAUGCAGGACAGGAGCCACAUGCCCUACACAGAUGCUGUGGUACACGAGAUCCAGAGAUACAUUGACCUCCUCCCCAGCAGCCUGCUCCAUGCAGUAACCUGUGAUGUUAAAUUCAGAAACUAUCUCAUUCCCAAG